CGGACCCGGAAGGAACAGGCAAGCGAGUGUUUUGCUGCAGCUGCGAAGAAAAUGAGUCAAAUCCUGCGAGGAAGUGUGAGAUUUUGCAGCAAUUUCGUGAGAAAUCGCAAUCCCGUCAAUGCAGAGCUCAUCGACGUGGCAAUCAAGCCCAAGGGGUAUUAUUUGGAGAAGAAGAAUGAAUUGUUUCACAACACGCUGCAUAUUGAGCACACCAAUAACUGUGUAACGGCGAAAAUUGUAAAUCCUCAUCGGCAGAUUACAGUCCUUCGCGUGUCCACGCAGGAGUGGUCGCUGAAGAAGCACCUGUACAAGCUCAAUGACACCGCGGCCUUUGUCCUGCUGGCCAGGGUGCUCGCAGAGCGAUGUCUCCGCGCCGGCGUGACUCAAUUGGCCCCCUCGGCCAGCAUCAAGAUCGGACCAGAAUUUCCCAAGCACAGCAUCUUCCUGGAGACACUGAACAAGAGUGGAAUUUCCAUGAUGGAAUAACAACGCAUCGUCCUAGCAGUAAUCUGAUUUAUUUACCCAUAAACUAGUUCAUUUCUA